AUGUGGAGCUCUUCUUGCAACGACUGGGGCGAAGAAGGACCUUUGAUGGUACAACAACCGAAGCUGAUAUUCCCCCCGCUACAGCUCGGGCCUGCCAAUGGGAUGUUCCAGGGCUGCGACAACAUACCGAUGAUGGAUGCCUGGAAGCCAUCUACCCCUAGCCCGUGCGGACUUUGGCCCGCCUACUACAAAGAGGCGGACGACGACGCAGAUACCACUGAAUACACCGCCACGCAGAAGAGCAGUGCUGGCAGCAGUUGUGGAGAUGACGACUGGAACAGCCAUGUUCGUUCCAACCUGGCUGGCGAGAUUUUUCCAGGCGAGCGCUUCGGGGCAAGCGACGCAGAUGAUGGUAGAGGCCUGGUGGACCUUGAUCCAGAAGUCGGCCGCCAACGCGGGCAAGAGCUUCUGGCAAUGUUGCACGAUGGGCCUCUAUCCAAAGGUGCUUGCCACAGGGGCGAUCCAGGAGGAUCUGCGGGGCUCGGCAGCUUUGGUCCUUCCGAGCAGCUCCUGUCUACAGCUAUGCUUGGUCAACAGCUUGUGGCCCCAGAUGCCAAACAUGAAGUAUUCCUGACUAGCUAG